UACCUGUUUUCUGUUCAGAUAUGGCUCAGCUAACAGCUCGAGCCGUUUUAUCGACACUAAGUAAGCGUACGCUACUUCCAAGCGCAGUUGCUGGACAUCGAGGUCUAGCCACUGAAGCGUCACCAGAGGACUAUGGUUAUUAUCCCGAUCCACUAGAGCACGCGACUGGACGUGAAAAGAAAAUGCUUUUGGCACGUCUUGCUGGAGACGAUCGCUACGAACCGAAAGUCUACUAUCGAGCUGAAAAUUCGACAAAAGAAAGGCCCAACUUAGUGCCAUCUCAUUUCCCCGACAGGAUCAUUGGAUGCAUGUGCGAACCUGAUUCUGGUCAUGUAAACUUCAUGGUGAUUCGUAAAGGGAUGCCAAAGAGAUGUGAAUGCGGUCACUGGUUCAAAGCCAUCGAUGCCGAUCCAGAAUCUGUCUAAUAUGCAGUCUAGGGUUUGUAGAGUCAAGGUUGUUUGACAGAUAAACAAGUUGUAUUUUGUAUCAUUUCAAAGCUUAUUAUUGAUUUCAAAUAAAAUACCUCAUUGUACCUGAG